AUGUCUCAUGUUCCUCUGCCAAACAGCUCUCGUUCCAAAGCUUUUCUCUGCUAUCCUCCGAAACCUCCCUCUCUGCAGUCAAGUACGAGUGUCUCUCCCGCUAUGGAGACUUCAUUUUCCAGUGAUGGAAACGUCUACCCUGAUUCGACAUAUGGACACUUCGAUCAGUCAGGAUAUCUCCCAGCUUACAUGGGAGCCGCUGGUAUUGACUGGUCUGCGAAGAACAUCCCCUUCGUGGAACCUGAAAAUACACCCUCACUCUCAUCAUCAUAUGAGUUCCAGGAUCUUCCAAAAGAUGGGCCUCCUACGUGGGAUAUGCCUUUCCAAGCCCAAACACCCCUCAUGGCCAUCAACGACAAGACCUUUCAACCAGUCAAUCCUCAGUGGAAUCUAUGGCCCAACCAAGAUCCUUGGAUCCAGCCCUACUUCAAUCAAAACUACUCCGAUUCAAACUGGCAACAUCUCCACUCCAUGGCCCAGGACCACAAAUCUUUCCAGAUGCCCAUGGAACAUCACAUCAUUCAUCAAUCCACUCCAAUCACAUACAUCCAUGCCGCAACCUCUACCCAAGACCAGAGCCAAAUCCAACUCCCAACUUCUUCCCACUAUCACCCUGAGCCUACACAUGUCCAAUCUUCCCACCCCCUCACCACUCAGCAUCAGCAAACUCCAGAAUCCCUCUACUCCCCAAUCCCAAACCAACUUCCAACGGCCCCGCAAAACCACCUCAAAGCAACCCUCCACUACACUGACACGCGCAACGCAUUCCUAAUAGACUGCAAACGACGCGGGCUGUCCUACAAAGAAAUCAAGCGAAUGGGAGGAUUCAAGGAAGCCGAAUCCACGCUCCGGGGCCGCUUCCGCACAUUGACAAAGUCAAAGGAGCAACGUGUACGGAAACCGAAGUGGUUGGAACGAGAUGUAACAUUACUCAUUGAAGCGGUCUCUAUCUACACUGAUAAGGAUUAUGUGUAUGAGGGUGAUGAGUUGCGGGGACAGCAGCGGGGACAGGGUCAACCGCCUAAGGUUUCGUGGAAGAAGGUUGCUCAAUUUAUCUGGGCGAAUGGGGGGAGUUAUCAAUUUGGGAACGCGACUUGUAAGAAGAAGUGGUGUGAGAUAUAUGGGGUUAAUAUUUGA